AUGAAUACUACCACGACGGCGCCAGAACCAUGGCCGCACGUAGUCUACGAUUCGGAUCCUUACGCAGGCCUGCCAAUGACUGGCCACGGAAUGACGGGCUACAUUCUCCAGCUGGACGAGGAACGUGUUGUUAAGGUUGCAAAAACAUACUCACUGGAUGCUUAUGUCGGAACACCAGACUUCGAUCACAUGGAUUAUAUAAAUGAGAUCAACCGCAAAACACUUGAGAACGAAAUAAAGAUCUACCAGCGGCUUGGUCACUAUGAGGGAAUCCUAUCCUGCUUUCAAACAUCAAACUACGGGAUUGAGUUGGCGUUCGCUAAACAAGGCAACUUGGAAGAUUACAUCAAUUCUAACCCCGAGCCACCAGAAUCUCUUAAGAUCGAAUGGAUCUUGUCUAUUAUUGAUACAUUAUCUUACGUCCAUUCCCGAAGAGUUUUAGUGGACGACAUUGCCCUACGAAAUUUCCUGGUUGCCGAUGGACAACUUAAACUGGCAGAUUUCGGCCAGUCCAUAAUAUUACCUAUAUCAACAGAUAUGGACACAGUCUGCGAUAAUGAUUUGACGACGAGAAUCGAGAUUCUACAUCUUGGCUGGGUUAUCUACUCGAUCGCUGUCUGGCACGGAACCUUUUCUGCCGAACUAUCGUUGAGAGAUGCUGGCAUGGACAUGGCUCUGUUUGUCGGCGUGUCUAGCGUCGCUGCACUCGCUCGUCGCACCGAAGCUGAACUCAUCUGGACGCCUGUCCUCCUGGGCGCCAUCUAUCGCGAGACGGCCGCCCCGCAAGGCGCCGCCGGGUCGGCGUCCGACGUCUUCAACCCGACCAAGAAACGCCUCUUGUCGCGGGCCAUGCACCGGUCCUUGCGGCGCAGCCACGUCGAGCUGAACUGGCCGUCGGCGCACCCGCAGUCCCCGGUCCUGGCGCUCCGGCUGCUCUACUACGUCCCCGUGGAGGAGCGCCCGGCCCUCACUCACGCACUGUUCAGGGCCUACUGGGUCGAGGACCUCAACAUCACCGACAAGUCGGUUCUGCUGGACGUGGCCCGGCGAAGCGGCAUCCGCAGCGCGUCGUCGCUCACCGAAGCCGCGUUCGACGACAAGGACGCCCAGGAGGCCCUGCGCGCCUCGACCGCCGAGGUCAUUGCACGCGGGACCUGCGGCGUGCCCGCGUUCUGGGUCGAGGGGGAGCAGUGGGUGGACGACCAGGGCAAGGCGCACCAAGGUCGCCUCUACUGGGGCCAGGACCGCAUGCACUUCGUCGAGGCGGCGCUCCUCGCCGUGAAACGCGGCUGCGACUACGCCCAGGUCCCCAACCUCGCAAGUCUGCAGCCCCGGUGUGCGCCAGGAUUUUCCGUCGGGCAGAAACGCGUCGAGUUCUGGCACGACUUUAGCAGUCCCUGGGCGUUUUUGGGCUGGACCCAAUUGGACCGGCUGAAGAGACAGUUUGGCCCGGACGUCGAGAUUGUCAUGAAGCCCAUUUUGGUGGGCGCCCUGUUCAGAGAAGUCGGCGCACCCAACCUCCCCAUGGCAGCCGUGUCGCAGGCCAAAAGAGAUAUCAUGCACAAAGACAUGGGUGACUGGAUCCGCCACUGGAACAGCAUCAACCAGCAACGCGGAUCUCACGAUAAGCCGGUGGAAAUGCACUGGCCAACCCAAUUCCCCAUUCGGACGCCCACGGCCUUGCGCUGUGCCAUUGUAGAUCCCAAUCUCACUCCGUUGCUGUUCCGAGCAUGCUGGGAACGCAACGUCAACGUUUCCGACGACAAGGCCCUGGCCGAGUACCUCGCCACCGCGGGGUGCAAUACCGACACGUUAUUCAAGAGGGCUUCUUCGCCGCAAGUCAAGGAGCAAUUGCGGGCCAACACCCAAGAUGCCAUCGAUGCGGGGAUCUGCGGUGUCCCGUCGUAUCGCGUCUUUGACAAGACGGACCAGGGGUGGGUGAAUUGUGCGCCCGAAAGCGGCGUUAUAUGGGGUCAAGAUGAGCUUGUCGUCGUGGAAGACCUGGUGGCCGGGUGGAAAGAGAAGGAGAGUUCGGCCGGCGAACACGAUAGGCUAGCCUCGCGGCUGUAG